UCUCCAUUUGUGAUAGGGUAGCCCAGCGUGUCGUUGAUCGAUCGUGCACUGGUUGCAACCAUGGCUAUUGACCUUGGUUGUCAUGUCGGCUAUGCAUCGCCGGAGGAGACCGGUGUCCGUUCCGACGGUAUGAUGAAACAAGAAGAGACCGAUCGCUCGGCGGUCGUCGACGACGUCGAGGCCGCGGCUGGCGACGGCGGCGUCAACUACGUGGCCCGCGCCCAGUGGCUCCGCGCCGCGGUGCUCGGCGCCAACGACGGCCUCGUCUCCGUGGCCUCCCUCAUGAUCGGCGUCGGCGCCGUCAACGGCACCAGGAGGGCGAUGCUCGUGGCCGGCCUCGCCGGCCUCGUGGCCGGCGCGUGCAGCAUGGCCAUCGGCGAGUUCGUGUCCGUGUACGCGCAGUACGACAUCCAGGCUGCCCAGAUCGAGCGCGCCCGCGGCGGCAAGGACAGCGGCGGCGGCGACGACGAGGAUCAGCUGCCGAGCCCCACGAUGGCGGCGGUGGCGUCGGCGCUGUCGUUCGCGGUGGGCGCCGCGGUGCCGCUGCUGGCCGGCGGGUUCGUGCGGCAGUGGGCAGCCAGAGUCGGCGUCGUGUGCGCGGCGAGCAGCCUCGGUCUCGCCGGCUUCGGAGUGGCGAGCGCGUACCUGGGCGGCGCGAGCGUGGCGCGCUCCGGGAUGCGGAUGCUCGUGGGAGGGUGGCUCGCCAUGGCGGUCACGUACGGGGUGCUUAAGCUGUUCGGGUUGCGUGGUGUUUAGCAGUGCAAAUCUAGCUCCUCUGCAAGAUUAUAUUUCGCCAUGUAAAAUGUUAAACCAAGGUAUUAUUUACCGUAUAAAUUGAAUAACAAACUCAUGGAGCUAAU